AUGAUUACUAUGGAUAAUUCAAAACAAUAUCUUUCAUAUCAAUCUACUGAAAUCAUGCAUACAAAAACAAAAAUUUUAACAAAAAAAUCUCGAAGAAAACAAACUUUGCGUCGUUUUGGAGCUCGAUGUUUACCAUCAUUAGCAACGAAUACAGUUAAAAUGGUUGUUGCAACAUUACAAAUAGGUUCAACAACAAAUGAUGAUAUUAUUGAAGAUGAAGAACAAGAUGAUGAUACAUUUUCUAUUGGACAACAAGUUCAAGCACACAUUCCAGAUAUUGUUUUAAAUAAUUUAAACGAUUUAAUUGAUCAAAAAGGAAAUAUUUUAAUUCCCAGUGAACAUAUGUAUAAUAGAAUAACAUUAUUAUUUCUUGAUGUAUCUGGUUUUACAUCAUUAACUGAACAAUAUUCAAAUGAUGCACAUUUAGGUAUUGAUCAAUUAACACACACAUUAAAUUUAUAUUUUGAUAAACUUGUUUCACAAAUUUUAAUAUAUAAUGGUGAUAUUUAUAAAUUUGCUGGUGAUGCUAUACUUGCUUUAUGGACUAAUGAAUUCAAUGGACCAGAACAAGCACUAAAAUGUGCAUUAUGUUUACAAGAAAAAUGUGGAUCAUAUGAAACAGAUGUGGGAGUUGUAUUACGUCUUAAAGUCGCACUUGCAUAUGGACCUGUACGUGCAUUAUUUGUUGGUACAGAUGAAUUUAAACAUUAUAUAUUAGCGGGUGAUUGUGUUAAAGAUGUUAAUAUAUGUGAACAAUUAUGUGAACCAGGAGAUAUUAUUAUAACAAAAGCAGUUUAUGAACAAGUUCAAUCAGCAAAACUCAAUUGUGAAUUUAUAUCGAUUAAAGAUGAUAUUAAUGGAAAAGAUCAACAUAUUGCUGUAAAAUAUUCUGAAUCAAUAGAUGAUAAUCAUCGUCGAACGAAAAUCAAUGAUAAAAUAAAUACUUCAAAUCAAGAAAUAUCUAAUGAUACUCAUCUAUCUGACCAUGAUAAUAUUCUCAAUCAUCAAUCAUCUUCAUUAAUAACGGAUUUAAUUGAUGAAGAAUUUUACAAUAAAAUAGAUAGUCUAAUGAAAUCGUUUUUACUUCGUUGUGUAUAUCAACGUAUUGAACGUCAACAAUCUUUAGAUUAUUUAAGUGAAUUACGUCGUGUAACAAUAACAUUUAUUAAUCUUGAUAUAUCAAAUGAACAAUAUACAAAUAAGAAUCUUUGUCAAAAUGUUCAAAAAGUUUUUAUACAAAUAUAUGAAUUAGCAAAAAUGAUGGGUGGUGUUCUAACAAAAGCAUUAUUAUUUGAUAAAGGUUGGUCAUUUUUAUGUGUUUUUGGUUUACCUGGUUAUAAACAAGGUGAUGAUACAGCAAAUGCACUUAAAUGCGCUCAUAUGAUGCAUUCAACAAUGCAUAAACAAUGUCAAUUUAUUGAUAAAUGUUCUAUUGGCGUGGCAACAGGUCUUACUUAUUGUGGUGUUGUUGGACAUAUUGCACGUUGUGAAUAUACAGUUAUUGGUCGUAAAGUAAAUAUGGCUGCACGUCUAAUGUGUAAUUAUCCAAAUAUAAUAUCAUGUGAUCAAGAAACAUAUUAUAAUUCACAUUUAAAUAGUCGAUGUUUUCAAAUAUUACCUGAUAAAAUAUUAAAAGGUAUGCAUAAUGUUGGAAUUAUUUGGCAAUAUGGUGGUCAUUUAGAUAAUAUACAAAUUCAAAAUAAUCAAAUAAUUGAACAAAAUAAAAAUAUAAUAAAUGAUAUUAGACAUGAAAAUUAUCCAUUAUUAGGGCGAAGAAUUGAAUUAAUGAUUGUUGCUACACAAAUUAUGUUAUUAGAUGAACCUUUAAAUAGUUCAAAUAGACGAAGAGAUCUUGCAGCUAUUAUAUUUGAAGGUGAUGAUAAAAUUGGUCGAAGUCGUUUAUUACAAUUUAUUGCGGAUUCAUUUGAAAAUUCAAAUAAUGAAAAUAAUAUUAUAGGUAUGUCUAGUUACGACAAUACUUACAUUCCUCAUGAUUCAACAAUACCUAAUAAUAUGUCUAUAAUAACAAAUGAUAAUCAAACACAUCGUUUAUCAUUAUUAAAUCUUUAUAGUAAUGAAUAUUCAACAACGAAAAAAUCAAUAAUACGUGUUAUUAAAUAUUGUUGUCAAUUAGAACAACGUUUUAAUGAAUUUAGUUUACUUCGUUCAUUAUUACGACAAUUAUUACAAUUUCAUAAUAAUGAUAAAACACAAUAUGAACGUGAACAAUAUCUAUUAAAAUUAUUUGAUAUAAAUAAAUCAAAUGAUUUAUAUUUAAGACGAAAUUUAUUUUUAUUAAAUGAUUUACUUGAUGUUAGAUUUCGUCGAAGUCCUAUUGAAACAGAAAAUACGAACGAAAAAAAUUUUGUUCGAACAUAUGAAACAGAUAUUAAUGAAUUAUUAUUACAUAUAUUAAAUCAACUUAUUGAACCAUCAGUAACUACUAAUGAAAUCAAUACAAAUACAGUACUUGCAUUAAGUCCAUCCUGUUCGCAACUGAGACUUUCCACAAGUUCAAUGUCUACUUUACCUAUUUCUCCUAUACCAACAGUAUCGAAAAUUUUAUUUAUUAUUGAUGAUAUUCAUUUUGCUGAUGAAAGUUCACUUAAACAUUUACUUACAUUAGGUAGUCAUAGUAAAUGUUUAUUAAUUCUUUCAAUGAAACCACCGAAUAAUAAUAAUAGUGAUCGACCAGCUUCAAAUACAUUACAAUCAAUAAGUACAGAUUCACGUGUUUAUCUUCGAAGAUUACCUGGACUUGAAUUACGUUAUCUGGCUACACUUGGUAUUCCAGGUUUUUGUGAACAAAUUCUUUUUGAUUUGUUACGUAAAGAUAAAAUUUAUAUUACAAAUAAUAUUGAAACUUGUGAUGAAGAUCUAAAUUUAAUUGAAGGUGAUGCUGAUAAACUUCUUGUUAAUUCAUCAAUAAAAACUAGUUUAUUUAAAACAUUAUUUUCACGUCGUAAACAAAUCAUAGAUGACGAACAAUAUAAAACGGAACGUAUUUUUUCACGUAUAUGUCUUUUACGUGAUCCAGCGGCUAAUGAUUUUAUUGCUCAUUGUCAACAAAAUUUUCAAAAUUAUAUUAUGUGUCGUAUAGAUCGUUUAUCCGAAGGUGAAAGUUUACUUGUUAAAAUAGCUGCUGUUAUUGGUAAUACAUUUUCUCGAACAUUUUUAUGGCAAUUAGUUGAUCCACAAUCAAAAAAAUUAAUUAAUAUUAAUUCAUGUAUAUUAGAUAUGAUGCAACGAACAGUUAUUGAAUGUGCAUAUCAACAACAACAAAUUCAUAAAACACAUUCAAUUAAAUGUUUUUGUUUACAAAAUCCAGGUGGUUUUCCAUCUCAAUGUCGUCUUAUGUCAUUUACACAUGUAUCAAUACGUGAAGGAAUAUAUAAUUCUUUAACAGAUAGUUUAAAACGUACAUUAAUACGAAAUGCAAUUGAUUAUUUAGAAAAACAAUGUACAAUUGUUUGUUUAACAUGUGGACCACGAAAUAAUAAUCCAUUUUUUGUACAAAAAGAAGAUGGUCUUACAAGAAGUAUUAAAACAAGUAAUCAACAUGCAUUUGUUGAUAUUGUUAAAAUGGCAGCAUUAAAAGAAAUUGAAAAUACAAUAAAACAAUCAAUGAGAUUACGUUCAAUGAGUUCACCAGCAAAACCAAGAUCAAAUACAUCAGCAAAUUUACCAAAAGGAUCAAUUAUAACACUCAUUGGAAAUUCAAAUAGAAAUAAUAAUAAUAGCUUUAACAAGAUUCAAGAAAAACGUCGUAAUAGUUAUGAUGUUACUGGAUUUAAUUUGCAGCGUGCAAGACGUUCUCAAUCUCCAUUUUUUACACUUGUUGAAGAUGAUUUCGAAACAAAAAUCGAUCAAUCAAUACGUCAUGAAUCAAGUGAUUCAAAUUCAACUUUAAUUAGUGUUUAUCCAUAUAAAAAUAAUGCAUCAGAAUCUAUAUCAUCACCUAUGAAAAAAGAUAUACAACGAUCAUCAUCAUCAUCAUCAUCAAAAUCAAAUCAUAUUUUUACUGUAUUUAGAUUAUCCAAACGACGAUUUAUCAGUUCAUCUUCAUCAAAAACCCCAUUAUUAAAAAGAAUUGAUAGAUCUGUGAUAGAAGAUAAACCAAAUGAAAAUGAAACAAUUAUAGAAUCAAGACGAAAAAGCAAAGAAGAUAAAUCUCAUCGUUUUAGAACUUUUUGUCGACAUAUUUUCUGUCAAUUUGUACCAUUAAAUUCAAAUUCAUCGGUCAUUAUAGAAGUUAAUAAUCAAUCUACGAAAAAUUCGCUUGACAAUUCAAUACCAGACACUAAGAUAAUUGCAACAUUAAAUAAUACUUCACAGAAAAGUGAAAUUUUACAAAAACGUUCAUCUCAUUGGCGAAAAGUUCGUCAAGCAUUAAUAGCUUCGUCAAAUAAAGUUCUUCAUGCUUGUCCAAGUGAUGAUGAAUUACUUGAACAACCAAUGUUAUCGUCUGAAUUAAUGAAUAGAAUUCUACAUGAUCUUAAUUGUUUAAAUCAACAAAUAUAUCGUAUACGAACAUUUCAAAAUCUUUAUGAACAAUCUCUUUUAUUUCAUAUGUUUCAAUCAUAUGUACAAUAUAAAACUUUAAUUGAAUAUGUUUAUGAAACAAAACAAAAAGAACAAGAUAUAUUUAAUUUAAAUAAAUAUUUAAAUGAAUCUACAAUUUAUAAUGAUUUACGUAUAUGUCAAUGUGCUGAUUAUGCUUUAACUAUUUAUAUAAAAUUAGUUGAAUAUCAUACAAAUCUUUAUAAUAUGUAUGAAAAAUUAUUGGAUGAUAAACGUGAUUAUUUACGUCGUAAACAAUUUGAUCGAAUUAUUUAUUAUCGUAUUGAAAUUUGUCAAUUAUUAUUACGUUCAAAUUGUUUACAACGUUUACUUGUUGAAAUUGAAAAUGGUCGAAAAUUUUUCAAUCAAUUUCAAUAUGAUAUAAUUAAUAAAGAUGAUUAUUUUUAUAAAUAUCAAUAUAUUCUCACUAAAUAUACAUAUAAUCUUUUUGAAGCUAUUGUUUUACAACGUACAAGAUCAAUAUAUGAUGCUAAAUUAUUAUGUGAACAAAGUUUAGAAGAAUUAAAUGAUAUUAAUCAAAAACAAUUAUGGGAUAAUUUAAUAUUUAAUACUGAUUUAUUAAAUUGUUCAACAGCUAAAGAAAAACGAGUACAAUAUGAACAAACGAAAGAUUAUUUAUUUGAUAGAAGUUUUAAUUCUCAAACAUCACAGUCUGAUCAAUUACAUAUUUUUAUCGAAAAAUAUCGUCUUGAAUAUUUAAUAUGUCAAUAUCAUCUUCUUCGAUAUCAACUUUCUCGUGAUCAAUCAAUUGAAUCAAUAAAUACUUUAAUUAAUUUACAAUAUCAUACAUAUCCAAUAUCAUUUUCUCUUCCAUGUACAAUAAUUUUAAUUGAAUAUUUUUAUUGUCAAAUGAAUUAUAAUCAAUGUUUAAUACUUAUUAAUAAACUUAUUACAUUUUGGUGGUCACAUAUAACAUCACGUGAAAAACUUGAAUUAGGUAAAUUAAAAAGUUUAUCGUUAAUUAUUGAAUUAAAACAAGGUUCACUUGAAUCAGCUAUAUUAUCAGGUUAUUUUGCUAAACGUUUAUUAACUGGCUAUCAUGAAAAUAUAUUUCUUAUUGAAACAUGUAUACAUUUAACAUUAGCAUUAAUUGGUGAAAUGCGUAUAUCAAAUAUUGAAUUAAUUUUACAACAUUUAGAAUAUCUAAGUGAACAAACAAUGAAUUCUUAUGCUAAAUUAUGGUAUUAUAUAUUAGUUAUUGAUGUUGCUAUUGAACUUGGCUAUGAACUUAUGCCAAUAACAAUAGAUUUUCUUGAAAAUAUAACAAAAUAUCGUAAAAAACUUCUUACAGGACCAAAUCAACGAAGUUUAUUAGUUUUUUAUAGUGAUUGCACAUUAGCACAAAUUUAUAUACGAUUAGGAAAAAUAAAUAUGUCAAAAAUACAUUUUCAACUAGUAAUACAUCAAAUAAAAUAUGAUCAAAUGCAUUUAUCAAAUAUUGAUUUUCGUUUUAAACGUGGUCUAUUAAAAUUAAUUGAAACACAAUUAUUAUAUUGGUAUCAUACAAGAGAAUAUGACGAAAAUAUACCAAAAGAUUAUUUUUUAUUAAAUGCUAUUGAAAAUACUCUUGAUGAUAAUUUAAUUCCAUGGAAUAGAACAAGAUAUUUUAUUUAUCAAGCUUAUUAUGAUAGACUUAUUAAUGAUUAUAAACGAAAACAACAAUAUUCUAUUGAUAAUGAUUUCAAUUGGAAAUUAAGUUUACAAGAAGCAGAAAUCAAUGCUAUUAAACUUGAUCUUGAAUGGAUUCAACGAUUACGAACUGCAUGGUUGCAUCCAAUAUCUGAACAAAUAUCUUUACAAAUCAAUCAAUCUAUAUCUGUUGAACGUCCACGCACAUCUUCCGCAAUGACAAGUAAAUCAACUAAUCGACCUUUUAUUCGACCAUCUAUACCUCAUAUAAAAACAUCAUCAAAAAUCGAAAAAUAUCCUGAUGAACAAUCAACUAUAACUAUUCAUAAUUAUUCUCAUCAAAAAUUUGUUGAUUGGCGUUUAUUUUUAACUAAUAACAGUUUACCAAAAUUCCAACUUUAUAUUCUUCCGGUGAGGGUGUGA